CUUGCUCGCGCCGAUCAUCUUUUGCUAGCAGCCUGGCUGUCAGGGCCGGAGCGAUGGCUACCAAAGCUGCACAGCGAGUCAGGCUCAUCGUCGGCGGCGGGAGAGCGACUCCAGCGCCGCCAAUCGGUCCUGCGCUCGGCAGUCGAGGACUCAAAGCAGCUGACUUCUGCAAGGAGUUCAAUGCUCGCACGGCUCAUCUCGAGCCAGGUAUACCCACCCCUGUCAUUUUGACCAUUCAGCCCGACAGGACGUUCACGUUCACGAUCAAGACACCGCCGACGUCUUACUUCUUGCUCAAGGCAGCAGGCGUCAAUAUUGGAAGCGGCGCGACGCCGGCAGGAAGGCAACUCUUUGACACGGCCAAGGAUAUCGCGUCGAGUGGCCAAGUCGGCCAAGUGACGCUCAAGCAUAUCUACGAGAUUGCGCGGAUAAAGUCAACAGACGAUCAUCUGAAGCAUGUGCCCAUACAGAGCUUAGCCACGAGUGUCCUUGGCUCCUGCCGAAGUAUGGGCAUUCGCGUUGUACGAUGACGCAAGAGACAGAGCAUGUAGAUCAAUCGUGUUGCAUUGCAUUGCAUUCUUCAUGUU